CCUCGUGUGCUCCUCAGCCCCUCAUCUCCCUUCCCCGCAAGCCCGGGAUGAAACCUCCCCACGUACUGAUGUUCCUUUGCCUCCUGGUGGCCCUGGCCACCGGGAACCUGGUCCAGUUCGGGGUGAUGAUCGAGAAGAUGACAGGGAAGUCUGCCCUGCAGUACAACGACUACGGCUGUUACUGCGGCAUCGGAGGCUCCCACUGGCCGGUGGACCAGACCGACUGGUGCUGCCAUGCCCACGACUGCUGCUACGGGCGUCUGGAGAAGCUGGGCUGUGAGCCCAAACUGGAAAAGUAUCUUUUCUCUGCCAGCACACGUGGCAUUUUCUGCGCCGGCAGGACCGCCUGCCAGCGGCUGACCUGCGAGUGUGACAAGAGGGCUGCCCUCUGCUUUCGCGACAACCUGGGCACCUACAACCGCAAAUAUGCCCAUUACCCCAACAAGCUGUGCACCGGACCCACCCCACCCUGCUAAGGCUGUGCUCAGCCUCCUCCCUGCCCCUCAAGGUCCCACCAAAAGCUGCUGUAGUCCCAGGCCUGGGGAACAUUGACAUCAAAGGUCCUCCCUCUGGAAAAUUCCUUUCCUGCAAACCCAUCCCUGCCUGAGAGUUCAGAGAGGUGGCCUGGACCAUCACUAGCCUCCCAGGCUACCCCUCCUCUGUAGGAAGAACCCUGCCCCAGGAGCCAUGGGCCCUUCAGCACCCAGGAGACUGUCACCCACUCCUGGGAUCUCAGCUCCCUCUUCUGAAUAAGUGAAGAAUGUUUUCCCAUAAUUCUAAUAUUCUUCGAUUCUUAGAUUCUAUCCAUCGUUCUAGGAUUUAAUUCCCUACAGUUUCAUCCAUUCAUUAUUUCUCUCAUCACCUACCUUGUGCCAACAAUGUGCUAAGCCCUGGAAUCAGUGGGAACAAGUCUGACACGGGUGGCCCCGCCUGC